AUGCUGUGAAGGACGGAGACAAAGUAUGCGAAGAGUGUGAAAGCGAAGAGCAUAAACUACACAGGACGAGGAGAGAGAAAGUGUGUUUUAGAAAGAAAGAGAGAGAUAGACUGUUUGUGUCUUACCCAUUCGGGGAAUCAAAGCAUCUUUUUUUCUUUCUCGAGCUCACAAAGAAGACGAGACAGAGAGAGAGAGAGAGAUAAGGGGGGAGAAGCUAGGGUUUCUCUUUCUUUCGCAUUCGUCUAGCUAAAUAAGAAACUCAUUCAGUUGGUGUACUUAAUUGCAGUGUUUGUCCAUAUUGGGAAGUAGUUGUUUGAGUAACCUGAAGUACCUGGAAAUAAAGCUUCAUAAGAGAGUGAUUUGAGGAUUUUGUGAGCUCAUGUAGUUUGACGAGACACCUCUCAGAAGCUGUAAAACCGGGUCAUGAAUGCGUGGCUAGUGACAUGCUCGAACCAAGGGGAGCGGACAUACCAAUAUUGUUCCUGGUUUUGGUUGUACUUCCUGUUGUAGCUUACAUAUUGUUAGGUAAAUGGAGUGAAACUUCUGAAAAAAGAGGAAAGGCUAACUUGCUGGCUCAGAUGGCAGCUGAAGAAGCUUUUAGAGCUGAGACCGAUGUUAGGGGUGUAAGAUUUGAGACUAUGGCUACUGAGAAUAGGGCUCUGAGAACCAAGACCAGGAAUGCUCCUGCUGCGAGUGGUUCUCUAAGAGCCGACUUUGAUGCUGAGCAGAGACCUGACUCUGUGGCUGUUGCUACAUGUGGCGUCCCUGUUAAUACUGAGGGACAUGUAUGUGCAAGGUGUUUAAACCCUGCCAAGACUCGCUGCUCCAGAUGCAAAUCUAUUAGAUACUGCUCUGGGAAGUGCCAGAUAAUUCACUGGAGGUUAGCUCAUAAAGACGAAUGCAUCCCUGCGGAGACUUGCUCUUCUUCAUCAGAGAGGGUUUCCUUUGAGAAUGAUUCUGUCUUGCAUGACAACGGCAUGGAUUCUUCUACAAUGUAUAGUAAUAGUAUUAAGCAGACAGCGAAGGGAAAGACUUCAAAAAGCUCUGUUGAAUUUGCAAGUGAAGGUAUCUCUCAGAUUGAUAUUAGACCACGAAUCAACACGCAAGGGAGAAAAAGCGUAGGAAAACCAAAUCCGUCCAAGUCCAGCAGAGAAUCAUUCAGUGGUGAAGCAGCUGCUUGUGCUGGUGGAGAUAACAACAAGGGUCACACUAGACAUAAGUCAAGAAGCAACAUCGGUGCUGUGGAAACAAACUCUAGAAGGCAUUCUGUUGAUAACUCUUGUAUGCAAAUGAAUGGGCAAACUUUUGAAAGUGGUAUGCAGGAAAGUUACAAACACAAUUUGGGAGCGAGCAGCUCUUAUGCUUGUCCAAACGGGAUCAGAGCAGCUACACUGCCCAAAUCUGCUUGCACAGAGAAAAGUAAGAAGGGAAAAGUAGCUGCGGUAUCAAAGACUCUUAGGUCUAAGGAUACAGGCGUGGCUGAAGAAAACAAUGGCAACUCCUCAAGCAUGGGUUCAAACUUGAUGAAAAUGAUGGGUUUAAGAAAUUCCUCAAAGCAUGAUGAUCGACAUAAGAACCUGAAGAUGCUUUUUCCAUACGAGGAGUUUGUUAAGUUCUUUCAGUGUGAAGUGUUUUACUUAUCACCAAGGGGCCUUGUCAAUUGUGGAAACAGUUGCUAUGCAAACGCUGUGUUGCAGUCUCUAACAUGUACAAAACCACUUGUUGCUUACUUGCUUCGAAGAUCACAUUCAAGAUCAUGUUCUGGGAAAGAUUGGUGUCUUAUGUGUGAACUUGAGCAACAUGUAAUGAUGCUUAGAGCAUCUGGAGGUCCACUUUCUGCUAGCAGAAUCCUCUCACAGAUGCGAAGUAUAAAUUGUCAGAUUGGUGAUGGGAGUCAAGAAGAUGCUCAUGAGUUCUUAAGGCUUUUGGUUGCCUCUAUGCAAUCCAUAUGUUUAGAGAGACUUGGAGGCGAGACUAAAGUGGAUCCAAGGCUGCAAGAAACAACUUUAGUUCAACAUAUGUUUGGUGGACGUCUCCGCUCAAAGGUGAAAUGCUUGAGGUGUGAUCAUGAAUCAGAAAGAUAUGAGAAUAUAAUGGAUCUCACGCUGGAGAUUUACGGAUGGGUAGAGUCUCUUCAAGAUGCGUUGACUCAGUUUACUAGACCAGAAGAUCUCGAUGGAGAAAACAUGUAUAGAUGCAGCAGGUGCGCUGGAUAUGUAAGAGCAAGGAAAGAAUUGAGCAUUCAUGAAGCACCAAACAUUCUUACCAUUGUUCUCAAGAGAUUCCAGGAGGGAAGAUACGGUAAAAUAAACAAAUGUAUAAGUUUUCCUGAAAUGCUGGACAUGAUACCUUUCAUGACAAGAACAGGAGAUGUUCCUCCGCUUUACAUGCUUUACGCUGUUAUAGUUCACUUGGAUACUCUCAACGCAUCUUUCUCCGGUCAUUACAUUUCUUAUGUCAAAGAUUUGAGAGGCAACUGGUUCAGAAUCGAUGAUUCCGAGAUUCAUCAAGUGCCAAUGACUCAAGUUAUGUCAGAAGGAGCUUAUAUGUUGUUCUACAUGAGAUCGUACCCGCGUCCUCAAAGAGGAGAACACAGCAGCAAAUCUCAGGUUCGGCAUCCUCAACCAAGAAACGAAAUGAAGGAGCAGAGGAAACCGGUAAACCGAUUCAAACCGAGAGCGGACUACAACAAGAACUUAGUAGAGUCAUCAUCAAGCGAAUGGUCUCUCUUCACGAGCUCAGACGAAGCAGCUUCAUUCACCACAGAAUCAACCAGAGACUCUUUCAGCACCGUAGACUACACAGACGGCUGCCACGUCCUGGACUCUUCCUCUCCUUUCUCCAUCUUCAACAACUUACACCACAACGUGGAGCCGUCCCCACACAACACCGUCGCCUGCAGAAUGUUCUCGGGUACCAAACCCGAAACCCGGUAUUUCGUGGAGGAAGAAGCAAAUCACAACAACUCGGUCGUGAUGGACGACAUAUCAUCCCACGGUUAUUACCAGCAGAGUAUGUAUGUAGAUUAUGAGACUAACUGUCAGGAACAAACUUACAGUUAUGAACAAAACUGGUAGUUAGAAUAAUUCUGUCUUUUAAAUCUCUUUAGGGGUAACUUAACUCGAGUUCCCUAACCCGAAACAUUUUGUCUUUUCAUGAUAAUCAACAUCUUGUCUGAUUUUUA